UUAAAACGAAUGCCCAAAUUCUUCUCCACUCUUUCCUCGCUCGUCCUGAUCGCUAUGUCUUCCUCGUCUUGCAUUUGCUCUACCGGAUGUAAGUGCACUGGGAAUUGCACCUGCAAGAUCCCGCAUCUGACUACCAGUAUGGAUGCCACUGCUCGGCGUGUUCUUGCUCUUCUUCCAACUGGUAGCGCUCCUGCCGAGAGUGCUGGUGGCUACGAGCUUGAGAAAAGCUGUGCUCCUUCUCAGUACGCAAUUGGCGAAGAAAUUGCCACUGCUUUUAAUGUCUAGAUAAGAAAACUCUGCAACAAUGCUCUAGAAUCAACCCACCAAUAACAGCUGAACCUUUCGCCCUCUCUCAAA